UCAAAGCCGGGUCACGCGCCGCGCGCCCGAGGCCCGUGCGCUCUCUGCCCGUGGCCGCCCGGACCCGGCUGCCCGGCGCGCUGCCAUGGAGCGCAUCGAGGGCGCGGCCGUGGGCCGCUGCGCAACCUCGCCCUACCUGCGGCCUCUCACGCUGCACUACCGCCAGCCCCCACAGUCCACCCUCCACUUGCUGACAGGAUACGUCUCUUUGCAGCGACUUGAGAAUGGCACUCAGAAGUCGUGGGACUUCACGAAGACACGUGACAGUGUGGCCAUUCUCAUGUUCAACUCUUCCCAGCAGAGCCUGGUGUUGGUGAAGCAGUUCCGGCCAGCUGUGUAUGUGGGCGAGGUGGAGCGCCUCUUCCCCGGGUCCCUGGCGGCCGUGGCCCAGGACGGACCCCGGGCGCUGCAGGUGGAGCUGCCUGGCUCGGCGGGGGUGACCUACGAGCUGUGCGCUGGCCUCGUGGACCAGCCCGGGCUCUCGCUGGAGGACGUGGCCUGUGCGGAGGCUUGGGAGGAGUGCGGCUACCGGCUGGCUCCCUCUGACCUGCGCCGGGUCGCCACCUACAAGUCUGGCGUGGGACUGACCGGCUCCAGCCAGACCAUGUUCUACGCAGAGGUGACCGAUUCCCAGCGGAGCGGCCCGGGCGGGGGCCUGGCAGAGGAGGGCGAGCUCAUCCAAGUGGUGCAUCUGCCGCUGGAUGGGGCCCAGGCCUUCGCGGAUGACCCGGAUGUCCCCAAGACCCUUGGUGUCCUCUUUGGCAUCUCGUGGUUCCUCAGCUGUGUGGCCCCUGGGCUGGGUCCCCGGUGAGACUCCGGGGGGUCGGGACCAAGGUCGGCCACGGUCACCUCCUGCGGAUCAAAUAAAGGCUUGUACAACUCCA